UUUGGCGUGUUCACUUCGUUUUUUUUCACGAAAACAAAUGUUAGUCGGCAAUUUUGGAAAGACGCCCCGAACCAGCACAUUGCUUGCCUUUUCAUCGGGAAGGUAAAGGAGUAGCUCUCUUCCUUCGUCAUGUCCGGACAUGUGUGAAACGAAAAAAAUGUAAACGAUAACAGUAUACACAUAUUUAAGAUGCCGAAACUCGUAGAAAUUUCUCGAAUCAGUUCGUUGUGCGUUCCGCGACGGUUAUAGUUGCCACUGUAAUAAUGACUGACGACAUCUCUAAACAAUAAAUAUAUAGGGUUUUGAUGAUGCUGUAGAGGAACGUAUUAUCAAUGAAGAAUAUAAAAUAUGGAAGAAAAACACACCAUUUCUAUAUGAUUUGGUGAUGACACAUGCUUUGGAGUGGCCUUCCUUAACAGCUCAAUGGCUACCUGAUGUCACCAGACCUGAAGGAAAAGACUAUUCAAUUCAUAGGUUAAUCUUGGGCACUCACACUUCAGACGAACAAAAUCAUCUGCUUAUCGCUAGCGUCCAAUUGCCUAAUGAAGACGCCCAAUUCGACGCAUCUCAUUACGACAAUGAGAAAGGCGAAUUCGGUGGAUUUGGCUCUGUGAGUGGAAAAAUCGAGAUUGAGAUUAAGAUUAAUCAUGAGGGUGAAGUCAACAGAGCGCGAUUUAUGCCGCAAAAUCCAUGUGUGAUUGCGACCAAGACUCCCUCUAGUGAUGUGCUUGUAUUCGAUUAUACCAAGCAUCCUAGUAAACCGGAUCCAAAUGGAGAAUGUCAUCCAGAUUUGAGAUUGCGAGGACAUCAGAAGGAAGGCUAUGGUCUCUCAUGGAAUCCAAAUCUCAAUGGAUAUUUACUUAGUGCUUCUGAUGAUCACACAAUUUGUCUAUGGGACAUCAAUGCUACACCGAAGGAGAAUCGUGUUAUCGAUGCGAAAACUAUCUUUACUGGACAUACAGCUGUGGUAGAAGAUGUCGCUUGGCACUUGCUACAUGAGUCAUUAUUUGGUUCAGUCGCUGACGACCAAAAACUUAUGAUUUGGGAUACUAGAUGUAACAAUACUAGUAAACCAAGUCAUACUGUUGAUGCUCAUACUGCUGAGGUAAACUGCCUGAGCUUUAAUCCAUACUCUGAAUUCAUAUUGGCCACCGGCAGUGCGGACAAGACUGUAGCACUUUGGGAUUUGCGAAAUCUUAAACUAAAAUUACAUUCAUUUGAAUCACAUAAGGAUGAAAUCUUCCAAGUUCAAUGGUCACCACAUAACGAGACGAUAUUGGCAAGCAGUGGUACAGAUAGACGGUUACACGUAUGGGAUCUUAGUAAGAUCGGCGAGGAACAAUCCAGCGAAGAUGCUGAAGAUGGCCCACCUGAGCUUCUGUUUAUACAUGGAGGUCAUACGGCGAAAAUCAGCGAUUUUUCGUGGAACCCGAAUGAACCAUGGGUCAUAUGCUCGGUAUCGGAAGACAAUAUAAUGCAAGUAUGGCAGAUGGCAGAAAAUAUCUACAAUGACGAGGAACCCGAGACACCUGGGAGUGAAAUUGAAACUGGUGGCUCAUAACGCGAAAUGUAAUUCGUUUGUUUCAAGUUAUCGCCACUCCAGAUUGAAGAUUAUUAACGCAACCCUAAUUGCGUCAUGUCGUUAAAUAUCUUGGUGUAACGAGCUUGAAGACAUUCCUUUUCACCAACGAACAAUAAUCUUUGCUUUUAAUCAAUCGAUCACAUAUUGCUAUGAUUACGUUAUGAAAAAUGUAAAUAUAAAAUAUGAAAGAUUUCAUCAUUAUAAAUUUUCAAAAAUUUCCAGAAAUUUUCAAAAAUCGGCAAAUACAUCUUGAAUAGAUAACAUAAUAAACAAUUUUUUAUCAAAUGACUAAAUGCGCUUGUAUUUUCCCGAAAUUUUGAAAAAAAUUAAUAAUUAUAAAUAUCUCAAUAAAAUAAAAAUAGCGAGUAUUAUUGUUUUACGGUGACGAAUUGGCUAUGUUAACAAUGAAUAAGAUAAAGUAGCUAACUGAUUAGUUAGCUAUCAUAAAAUAAUUGCUAGUUACACCUGUUAUGAGCCAUCUUCGUACGAAGGCAUUCUGUAACAGCAAAAUAACAAGCUCAAGAGACUAAGGGGAUGCCAAGUACUUUUUCUACUUCGUUUUAAGCAUAAAUAAAGAAAAUGAUGUAAACUCGA